UGUAAAACGGUCAGGGAAGGCGGACAAGUACGUUCAAUGUUUUAGGCGGUUUUGUAGUGAUAGAGUUUUGUAUAAAUUUUCUUUCCGAUAGAAUAUAUUACCUUAGUGGUCACGAAUGAUUCUUUUGCUUGCAGCAGUGAAAAAAAAAACAGUACUCGGCUACUUAGCCAUUUAGCAAACACGAAUGGAAUGAUUACUUUUGUAUUAGCUAGCUAGGAAGUUGUCAGCGUUUGCAUAUUAUUUUAUCACGCACGUUUUAAAAGCUACCAGCGCGAUGCCUCCUGUUCCUCAGAACAAUUUAAAAGAACAGCUCGAGCGGCACAGCAGUGUAGCCGAACGAAUCAAGUCUCUGGCCAAAUCAAAGACUGGAUCUUUUUGCUUUAAAAAGAAGUCUAAAUCAGUCAGUGUCAAAGCUGAAGUUCCUCUAAAGGCCAAGACCGAGACAUUCAACCCAGUAGCCAACCCGUUUGCAGUAAGCAAACCUAGUUUUAUUGAUCCUUUCAUCAGCAGAUUGAAUAAACCACAAAAGAACCAACUCUCAGGCAACAGUGGAAUCACAGCCGUAGGAGUAGCUGAGGAUUGCAUCUUGUCUGCUAUUCCCAUGGAUGACUGGGACCACUUUGAUGAUUUUAAAACUACAGUCAACGGAGAAGGACCAGGACCAGACCUGUCAAUUAAAGAAACUCUUGCCUUUGAUGAGGGUGUCGCCCAGUUAAGACAUAGUGAUGUAUCUUACAGGAAAAGGACAGAUGACCAAGGACCGUUGAAAGGGUUUGAUGAUGUUCUUUUUGGUGUUAUGGAAUCUAUUUGUUGUUUGGUCGACACAAUCCCUGAAAAUGAGCUUAUGUCCCUGACCUAUGGCACAGAAUUGCUUUUACUGAGAGCUCACAGGAAAAGGAUCGUUGCUGAUGCUGCAUUGUUGUGGCAAACAGAUAGAGGAUCCAGCGCUCACCCCAGGUCGCUUCACAAAAGAAGCUCUGCUGUCACAAGCAAAUGUGACUGUUCAUCUACACAUUUUCAGCUCAGUAAAUCCAAUGCUUCUGUAAUGUUCCUGGAUUCCAACAGGAGUACCUAUAAAGAUUCAGACUGCAUUAACAAUGAUGUUCAAGGGGACAACUGCAGCCAGAAUCCUUUCCUUAUUCAGGCUGUGAAUGAACAUGAUGAAAAGCUAUCAGGCCAGAACAGUGGUAAUGGAAACAGUCAGUCAGGAGAAUGUUCCUUGAGUCUGUCCUUCAGUCAGUCAAAUGGUCAGGCUGUGAAACAAGGGAAAACGGUACAUUUUAUCUCUCCGCCAAAUACAAUUAAAGUGGACAAUGUGGACAGCAAUGUGUCACUUGGUGGGGCAGUUUUACAAAAGUGCAAAGCAUCUAAUGAUGUGAAUGACCUCUGCAUUGGUGACUUUGACAUUGACGACUUCAGUGACAAUGAUAUCCAGGAUUAUUGUAAGGAACCCACAGCUUUAUCUGUGUCAGGGAGUUCCAUUGUACUACCACAUGUUUGGGAAGGAGGACUCUCAAACUCUUGUGAUACAAAAAGUGUUGUCACCUCAACUGCUGUUGUGAAGUUUACUAAACCAUGGUUACCUGAGGUUACAUCCAGAAAUCCAGCACAUGAUCGCUUCUGUGGCUUCAACUUUCCACACUCUCCAGAGAUGAUGAAGAUUUUCCACAAAAAGUUUGGUCUUCAUCAGUUCAGAUUUAAUCAGCUAGAAGCCAUCAAUGCUACGCUGCUCGGAGAGGACACAUUUGUGCUAAUGCCUACAGGAGGGGGUAAAAGCCUUUGCUAUCAGCUGCCUGCCUGUGUUUCUGAUGGAGUGACUGUGGUGAUAUCUCCACUUUGUUCACUUAUUGUGGAUCAGAUCCAGAAGCUUACAACUUUGGAUGUCCCUGCAACUAGCCUAUCUGGAGGGAAAAGUGACUAUGAGGCAGGACAAAUCUACAUGCAGCUUUCUAAGAAUGACCCAGUCAUCAAACUGCUUUAUGCUACUCCUGAAAAGGUCUGUGCAAGUGGGAGGAUGAUCAGUGCACUGAAGAAUCUGUAUGAGCGAGGUCUGCUUGACCGUUUUGUCAUCGAUGAGGCACACUGUGUCAGCCAGUGGGGACAUGAUUUCAGACCAGACUAUAAGCGGAUGCAUGAACUGCGCCGGAAGUUUCCCAAAGUUCCUAUCAUGGCACUGACGGCCACAGCCACACCUAGGGUUCAGAAGGACAUCCUUAACCAGUUGGCCAUGACUCAACCACAAGUAUUCUCAAUGAGCUUCAAUAGACACAAUCUCAAAUAUUCUAUAUUACCUAAAAACCCCAAGAAAGUUGCGGAGGACUGUAUUCACUGGAUUAAGAAAUAUUAUCCAUAUGACUCAGGAAUUGUAUACUGCCUGUCACGAAAUGACUGUGACAGCAUGUCUAGUAGUCUUCAGGGGGCAGGCAUUGCAGCACUAGCAUAUCACGCUGGAAUAAAUGACAGUGACCGAGAGUAUGUCCAAAACAAAUGGAUUAACCAGGAUGGUUGUCAGGUCAUAUGUGCCACUAUUGCGUUUGGCAUGGGCAUUGACAAGCCUGAUGUGCGUUAUGUGAUCCAUGCCAGCCUACCCAAGUCAGUGGAGGGCUACUACCAAGAAUCAGGCAGAGCUGGCCGGGAUGGAGACAUCUCCCACUGCAUUCUCUUCUAUUCUUACACAGAUGUGAUUCGCAUUAAAAGACUAAUAGCCAUGGACAAAGAAGGCAACCACCAAUCCAAAGCCAUUCACAUUAACAACCUGCACAGCAUGGUACAUUUCUGUGAAAAUGUGACCGAGUGUAGGAGGAUUCAGCUACUGGCAUACUUUGGAGAGCACAAAUUUAAUAAAGAUUUUUGCAAGCAGCAUCCAGAGGUCAUCUGUGACAACUGUGCCCGACCACACCAAUACAAGGAAAGAACUGUUACUGAGGAUGUAAAGAAGAUUGUGCGGUUUAUACAGGAAAACUGUGAGAAGGUUGUUGGCAAACCUGGCAAAUCUUUCCAGCCAAACAGACUCACACUAAACAUGCUAAUUGACAUUUAUUUGGGCUCGAAAAGUGCCAGAAUCAAGUCAGGAAUAUAUGGGAUUGGAGCAGCGUACUCCAAACACAAUGCAGAAAGGCUUUUUAGGAAACUAGUGCUGGACCACAUUCUAAAGGAGGACCUAUACAUUACUAAAAAUGGACAAGCUGUCGCCUACAUUUCAGCUGGCCUUAAAGCCAUGGACAUCCUCAGUGGCAUCAUGCAGGUCACUUUCCAUGAGACUGAGAGUGCCUCUAGCAUUAGAAAGCACAAGGACACUAUGAUCAAAAGUGUUUCUAAGAGGGAGGAAAUGGUGAAAAACUGCCUGGCAGAGCUUAAUGAGCUGUGCAAAAAGCUUGGCAAAGUGUUUGGUCUUCAUUAUUACAACAUAUUUUCCACAGUCACUUUGAAAAAGAUUGCUGGCUCUGUCACUUCUAUGAAGCUCCCCAGAAGGUAGAUUGUUGCAGAGCCCUAGACUCAUCCGUCUGCACUAACUUUGACACUUGUUUCAAGGUGGCUACCAAACCCUGAGUCUCAUCACUUGGUUGUAAAAUUUUUAAAAUAAUGUUUAUCUGUACAUAAUCUGCAUCACAGAAACUUGAAAGAUAGCAAAUACAUUUAACAAUAUGCUAACACUUCAAUGUGUUUGAGAAGAAACUUGCAUCAUACAGGACUAAUUUGACAUGCUUAUAUACAAACAAAACUCUCACAUUUACAAAAAAUAAAGCAGUUAUUAUUUUCAAUUGGCUGAAAUCUGAGUGAAUGGAAAUCUUAUUAAAUAUUUUCUUCUUUACAUAGUUGAAUGUGCUGAUGACAAAAUCACACAAAAAUUAUCAAUGAAAAUCAAAUUUAUUAACCCAUGGAGGUCUGGAUUUGGAGUCACACUCAAAACUGAAGUGGAAAAACACACUACAGGCUGAUCCAACUUUGAUGUAAUGUCCUUAAAACAAGUCAAAAUGAGGCUCAGUAGUGUGUGUGGCCUCCACAUGCCUGUAUGACCUCCCUACAAUGCCUGGGCAUGCUCCUGAUGAGGUGGUGGAUGGUCUCCUGAGGGAUCUACUCCCAGACCUGCACUAAAGCAUCUGCCAACUCCUGGACAGUCUGUGGUGCAACGUGGCGUUGGUGGAUGGAGCGAGACAUGAUGUCCCAGGUGUGCUCAAUUUGAUUCAGGUCUGGGGAACGUGCGGGCCAGUCCAUAGCAUCAGUGCCUUCGUCUUGCAGGUACUGCUGACACACUCCAGCCACACGAGGUCUAGCAUUGUCUUGCAUUAGGAGGAACCCAGGGCCAACUGCACCAGCAUAUGGUCUCACAAGGGGUCUGAGGAUCUCAUUUCUGUACCUAAUGGCAGUCAGGCUACCUCUGGCGAGCACAUGGAGGGCUGUGCGGCCCUCCAAAGUAAUGCCACGCCAAACCGGUCAUGCUGGAGGAUGUUGCAGGCAGCAGAACGUUCUCCACGGUGUCUCCAGACUCUGUCACGUCUGUCACAUGUGCUCAGUGUGAACCUGCUUUCAUUUGUGAAGAGCACAGGGCGCUAGUGGCAAAUUUGCACAUCUUGGUGUUCUCUGGCAAAUGCCAAACGUCCUGCCCGGUGUUGGGCUGUAAGCACAACCCCACCUGUGGACGUCGGGCCCUCAUACCACCCUCAUGGAGUCUGUUUCUGACUGUUUGAGCGGACACAUGCACAUUUGCGGCCUGCUGGAGGUAAUUUUGCAUGGCUCUGGCAGUGCUCCUCCUGUUCCUCCUUGCACAAAGGCGGAGGUAGCGGUCCUGCUGCUGGGUUGUUGCCCUCCUACGGCCUACUCCACGUCUCCUGAUGUACUGGCCUGUCUCCUGGUAGUGCCUCCAUGCUCUGGAAACUACGCUGACAGACACAGCAAACCUUCUUGCCACAGCUCGCAUUGAUGUGCCAUCCUGGAUGAGCUGCACUACCUGAGCCACUUGUGUGGGUUGUAGACUCUGUCUCAUGCUAGCACUAGAGUAAAAGCACUGCCAGCAUUCAAAAGUGACCAAAACUUCAGCCAGAAAGCAUAGGAACUGAGAAGUGGUCUGUGGUCACCACCUGCAGAACCACUCCUUUAUUGGGGGUGUCUUGGUACUUGCCUAUAAUUUCUACCUGUUGUCUAUUCCAUUUGCACAACAGCAUGUGAAAUUGAUUGUCAAUCAGUGUUGCUUCCUAAGUGGGCAGUUUGAUUUCACAGACGUGUGAUUGACUUGGAGUUACAUUGUGUUGUUUGUGUUCCCUUUAUUUUUUGUGUAGUAAUGAUUCUUCAUGCUUCUUCAAACCUUUUACAAACACUGCUAUUACAAUUAAGUUACACACAGUUUUUUGUAGUUUUUCAAUUCUUGUCUUACCUUUCAGAACACAAACUUCGAUGUCCUGCUUGUUGGAUGUAUUCAUGAAAAACAUGCUAACUUAUGUGUUCUUAACAUUAAAAAGCAGCUUAUCUAACCUUUGUUCUUGAAGGAAUGUCAGGCACGAGUAGAUAUUGGAAUAUUCAUGCAGAGCAGAGUUCAACUUUUGCUCCCUCCAGGAAAUAAACGAAACUUUAGUUCUUCAGCUACAGAUCUGUAGCAUACCUAGUAAAAGGGUCAGCACUGCUUCAUCUCUAAAAUAAAAGUUUUUGAUUUUCCUUGUUCAGAGUUGCUCUGAGAUCACUCUUAAGCUAAGAUUCCUAGCUAGGAAUUUUUAAACUAAGUUACGAGCUCUCUGAGAUUUGUGAAUACUGGACCUGGUCUAUAAGGUUUUAAUUAGUGACAAGUUUUCUCUGUUGAUAAACAUGAAUUGCUAGAAGUUUAAAUGGUGGAUAUCUUGUAAUGGCAGCCACCAUUAUUCUGUUAUAUGAAGCAGAAAAAAUUCUACAGGGCUUCAUAUAAAGCUUAAGAAAUGAAAGGGACUAAAGGAAGAAGAAAUAAUACUGGGUGACACAUUUAGCCUUUUUUGUCAUCUUUGCUGCCUAUUCUUGUUCUUUGCAUUGAUCUUUUAUUGCUACAUUCAUACUUUACUGCUACAUGUCAAGUCAAGAAGCUGCUUAUUGUCAUUUGAACCAUAUACAACUGACACAGUACACAGUGAAAUAAAACAAUGUUUCAUUGGUGCUACAUAAAACAACACAAAGCUGUGGACUUAAAGUUGUCCUAGUUGCAUAAAGUGCCAAGUGUGAGACAAAAUACAGUGCAGACAGACAAUGCAAAACACUACAGGGCAAAUACACAAAAUGGCGCCGACCAGUGUGAUCCUUCUGAUCUGUUUAUGACUAAAUGAAAAACAAACACUAAUGUUUUUCCCAUUAAUACUUCUGUGCUUAGAAACUGUUGUCAGAAACAUUUGCAUUGCAACUUAACAAUUUCCAAACUUUUGUGAUGUCUUCUGAGUAUCUUUUGAUGACCUAAGUGUAACACACACCCCCUCC